AACUCAGCAGGAAGGGCGGCGCGGUAGCGAGUGUCACUAGUGCGGAGGUGCGUAAUGAGGCAGGGCAGGUCGGGCGGCUCGGCAGUAGGGCGGCCCGGCGGCUGGGCGGCUCGGCGGCUCGGCUGCUGGGCGGCUCGACUCCCGGGCGGCUCGGCGGCAGGGCGGCUCGGCGGCAGGGCGGCUCGGCGGCUCGGCUCCCGGGCGACUCGGCGGCAGGGCGGCUCGGCAGCAGGGCGGCUCGGCUCCCGGGCGGCUCGGCUGCUGGGCGGCUCGGCGGCAGGGCGGCUCGGCGGUCGUAG